GUGGACCAUUAUAAGAAUGGGGUUGUUUGACCAUUGAGUAAAUUAUAAAAAAAAUUGCUGGUAACAAAACAAAUCGAGGUGGCAGGACAUACUGAAUAUGGAAAUAAAAAGUAUAGUUAGAGGUUUGGUUUGGUUGGUGUAUGUUUUCAUCGCCAUUGUCCACGCGGAUGACGAAAACCAAGACACGCAUGCAAUCCAAGAUAGAGCUCCAAGUUGCAACAAAGUCGGCUAUCCGAACUUCCCAACCUAUUACAUCUUGGUCGACGGACUAUUCUGGCAAACCAUGGUAUGCCCUAACGGACAUCGCUUUCAUCAAGAUUCCUGCGCGUGCCUUCCAGAUCUAAAUAUCUUAAGAAAUCUUGUGGCAUUGCCAAGAACUAUACCGAAACACCCAAUAACACGAACGACAAUAACAACCACCACAACUACAACAACUCCACGACCGACAACAACCACCAUUACCACCAGCACACCACCACCAAUUACUUCUCCUACUACUACUACAACCAGUUCUACUACGAAAGCACCGACCACAACUCCUUGGCUACCAGCUAUCUGCGCGGGAUGUCGUUUUGAUGGAGGUAUAGGUUACACUAACCACAGGAUGGACUGUAACAAGUACGUCAUGUGCUACAAGAGCGGGAAGGCCAUACGAGGGGUGGAGAGGGACUGUGGGGUGGGGAAAUUCUGGGACCAGGCCCUCCUGACAUGCAGGGAGUCGAAGGAUGUGGUAUGCAGCACAGACAUUUGUAAGAACAAGCCAAGUGGAUACACGUAUGGUCAUGCAGAAAAUUGUCAAGCCUAUUGGGAGUGUUCAAACGGCGUUUCCAUUGGACACUGUUGCCCUGAUGGUCACGACUUUUCCGACACGGUCGGAUGCAAAUGGUCAACAACAUGCAAUGAUACAUGUGGAACAAAGCAUGUGGAUAUCGAAUGUGACAAGGAACCAGUUCCGGAUGAUGACCGGAAGUUCCGUCAGCGGUUGUCGGGUGGUAGGCACGCGGUGAUGUCGUGCGCGGCGGGUACCGUGUUCCGUUUAAGCACGUGCGAUUGUAGGUUUGCCGUCACGCCCCAGGUUUCACACGCAAACUGUAAAAAAGAAGUCGAAAUGCGCUUCAUUGACGAAAAACUCAAAGACAAUUCAGGGAACAACGUCUACAUCUACCAAGAUAAUGUAACCAUCAGCGAUGGUCAAGGUUGUUUCCAUGGAAACAGUGUUAUCGUAAUUUCCCGCUUUUCGAACGCGUAUAUUGGAAACGAACUGGAAAUUGUAGUCAAGUUUAGGCCUGGUUAUUUCGCAAACAAAGGUUUGCAGGCCAUUGUUUACAAUGGGGAUUGUGGUUUUACGCCUUCUAUUAUUGUGGCAACCGAUGGGUCAGACAUCGUCUUCAAACUAAGAAACGAGCAAAACUUGACUCAGACACUAGCACAACCAGUACCAAAGGGCAAGAGACCGACAGAAGCCAUAGAAGCAGUGUUUACUCUCCAUAGACAUCAAAUGCGGAUGUCAUCAGGUGGUAGCACCGUAUCCACGGUCUUUUUCGGCAACGUUGCCAGAAGCAAAUGCGGGUUGAAGCUUGGCUGGGGCGAAGAGUACCAAAGUUUCACAGGCUGUCUCAGUUACGUGAGUGUACACGUGACAUUUGCUUGGUUUUAGUAUGAUGUUAUAAUGUACUUGCCGUGAGUAAAAUGUGUCAUGUAUAUGCCGUAAGUAUAGACAUGAGCUUGCCGUGAUCAUACGCGUAACAUUUACUUGCAUGAAAAUCGAAGCAGUUUAGUAGUUGUAUACCUUUAAAUGUAUAUGAAAAAGGUUUUGACGUCUAACAAGCUUUCGAAAAGAUAUACAUACAGUGUGCCAAUUUCAAAUUACACAUCUUGUAGCAUCAUGACAUUCUUACAGUUUUGAAAAAAUAAAGAAACAUAAUUUUAUAUACAAAACCAUGUAUUUAACUGCAUAAAAAUGGUAAAUGCUGCUCUCGUUUUGAAAAAUAUGUACUUAUAAUGAAUUUUCUCGAAAGGAAAUAUUGUUUAUAACUGAUUUCUCCUUUAUGAAAGUAAUUAUUAUGUAGAUGUAAGUGUAUUCAGAUAUUUUUACCUUUCAAAACUGAACAUGCUUUUAUUUUUUCGCAGGUCUCAAUAGCGUUGUGUGUCAAAUGAGAUGUGAAGACAUCUGACGAAUAGAAAUCCUUCAUUAAAACAUUUCAUGCACGAGUAUCCUGAAAUUGCACACCUGCCCACGCCUGCCUUAACUGUGUGACUAUAUUAAAUUAUGUUAAUUGCGUUAAAUUGUAACAAGUAUUUCAAUGUCUCGAUUUGAUUUUUCGAUAUUUAUUAAUGAUUUUUUCCUUUAUUUACGCUGUUUUAUAAUCGUGUUUUUUUCAUCAAUUAUAUCUAUUUAAAAGUGAGCGUUCUUUGUAGUAUUAUAAGUAAUAAAAUACAAGAA